AUGCCCCCUGACCCCCGCCAGGCCAGAGGCUCCCGCAAGAGAUCACAGCUGAGGGUACCGUGGCCCUGGAGCCGCCACGCGCCAGUCGCCCGACCUCACCGGACUGGGAGACCUGCGGGUGUGGGGGCGGGGGAGGAAGAGCCAGAGGUGGGAGCCGCGGCGCAGCAGGGCCCGGGGACCCUAAACCUGGAAGGCCCAGCCGUGCACCCACCGGAGGCCAUCGAGUGGGAGCUGAGAGGUGCCCAGGCGGACAGGGCCUACCUGUGGCUGCAGCGCAGGUCUGGGCGCAUCCACCGUCUGCACCUGGCGAGGAGUUUCGUCAUCCAGAAUAUUCCUGGCUCCUGGGUCACCGCCCUUCUGAACCACUCGCAGUUGACAGCCAUGAUCAUGAGUGGUGAUGAAGACAUGCUCUGCUACCUGAUGCAUUUGGAGCUGAGGGAGCUCAGGCACGCCAGGACCCAAUGCAAGUUCAAGUUUCACUUUUGGAACAACCCCUACUUCUGGAACAAGGUGCUCAUAGAGUAUGAGCGCAGAUCCUCAGCUGUGGUAUCAGUUCUGGUUUGCCAGGUCCGCAGCGUCUUCACCUGGUUCUGGCAGCACAGCCUCCCAGACGCUGACAAGGUUGCCCAGAUUAUUAAAGGGGACCUGUGGCCCCAGCCCCUGCAGUACUACCUGCUGGGCGAUAGGCCGCCCAUAGCCAGGAGAAGCCUGGCAAGGUGGCCCACAGAGGCCCCUCCUAGGCUCCACAGGUUCCGGUCUGGCUAAGCCCCUUGCUGGGACCUGGCCCCUACCUAAGACUCCCUUCUACCUGUGUUUAGGCCAAUGACAUAACCCUGCUAUCUGCUUGAGCUUUCAGACUCCCUGGCCCCUCUGAACGUUCAGUGGACUCUGCUCCAAGGCUGUGGCCUCCAUGCCCAAGCUCUUCUGUUUCCAAGUGGCUUUCAUGCAUCACAUAGCUGUUACAUGCCAUGGUGUCUACCAAGGACCCAGUGCUAAGGAUGGGCACUACCAUCAUCUUCGUGGUCCAGGUCUACCUCUGAUGGUAGCCUUCCUUUCCACCCAUUUUUCUUCCUUCCUGAGUUCUGCCAGGGCUGCCACCAACAUUGUUGCCUGCUCCCAGGUCUGUAAGGGCCCCAACCACCACCUGGCAAGGCACAAGAAAGCCCCCAGCUCCCUAGGAGCUCUGGCAUGCUGGCAUUUCUGGGCAUGUGCUCCAGCCAGGGGCCAUGAUGGGGGUCCCUUCCAGAAGCCUAUUUUCCUGAGCCCAGUCAUGGGGAUCACACAGAAUCCAGGCCCCCAACCGGCACCCUCAGUCUCUGCCUGUUUUUAGGCUGCCAGGCUGCAGGUACAGGAGGGGAGUUUCCAGUUGUGGGACCUGUCUACACCUGCCCAGACCUAACAUUUUUUUCGUUUUCUUUAAAGUGACAGCUCAGAACAAACAACUGAAGAAGCAAAGUUCUUAAAAACAGCUAAGCAGGCUGUCUUUUUAAUUGAAUCUUCCCCUUUUGGCGCUAGAGGAGGGUUGCUCUGCACACCGUGGGAGGGCCUCCCCCUUCUUUGCCACCUCUUUCACAUGCUCCGCCCCCUUUAGCAAGGGCACUCCCCCAGGGGCGGGGCUAGUUCUUUGUUCUGUGCUGUAUUCUUUUAGACCAACUCCUUUCUUCUCCUUCUACCAGGUCCAGCCCCCACUGUGGGACUGUGUAGGUGGAGAAGUUCAGUUGCCUCCCCGGGUCCUCCUUCGGGAGGAAGGCCUUGUCUUUUGCUUCCCAGGACCUGGGGAGGCCUUGACACGAAACAUGGUGGCGGGUGCUCUCUGCAGGGGAAUGCAAUGGAAGCAGAGGCAGCUGGGAAGUUUCCAGUGGCUGAGAGACCAUGGCAUGUAGGGAGCAGAGUCCCCUGGUUCUUCUGAACUUUCUUGAUUCAUCAAAAUGUUUUUUAAAUGAGAAGAAUUACUAACCAACCACUGAAACUUGAGAGGUUCUCUUGGUCCAGGUGUGAAAGUGGAAAGUGAACGCUGUUUUUCGUUUCACGGCUUUUAAGUACGAUCCUAUGCAUCUCCUCCCCUGUUUCUGCCCGGUGGAAACAUUGAGCUGUCCAGGCCUGCUUAUUGCUUUUAGUUGAGAACAUUUACAAGAACAUCCAUGUAAUUUCUCCCUGCCGUGCCGUUAGGGGACUUCAGUGGCCAUUCGUGGUGGCGAUCAGGUUGUUGUGGCCUGUUAAUACAGCCCUGUGUGGUUCUGUAGGACUUAAAACUGGGAGCUGUUAGCAUGUUCUGUGAGGAUAGCCUCCAGAAAGAAAUCUGCUAAGGUCCUGAUGACUCUGUGCCCUGGCCGCCACGAUGUAGCAGGCAUUGCUGGAUCUCUGCUUCUAAACAGAGAAAUAUCCAUGGGAUGGCUUUGUCCAAUCAGAAGAAGAUUCAUGGCACUACUGUCUCCUAUCUGCAUGGUUAAAAAAAUAAAAACCUUUCAGUCUGGGGAAAAAAGAAGUUGGAUGAUAUUAUUCCUCCAUCCAGAACGCUCCAUUGGCAGGAAAAAAAAAAAAGUCCUUAUUCUUUAACAUGGCUGACAAAGCCCAGCCCUGGGCUUUGCCCCCUGUCUGGCUCCUGCUGACCCUGCCCACUGAUGUCCUCCUCACUCACCCCCAGUAGCCUCUCUCCUCCAAAUGCAGCACAUUUUGGCCUCAGGGGUUUUGCACUUUCUAGAAUUUUCUUCCUACAGAUACUCUCCUCUUUGGCCCCCUCCCCUCUUUCAGGCUUUAGUCAAAUGCCACUUCUCCAGAGGCCAUCCCAACCUUGCCUGUCUAAAGUUUUUCUUUACCCCGUUCUGUCUCUUCUCCCUGCCCCUUCAAGAUUUUCUCCAUAUCACUGUAACUCUCUGAAAUGGUCUUGUUUUCCUCUCUUCUCCUUCCUUCUCUGACGAGUCAGGAGAACAGUGACCUAUCCGUUGGCUACUUGGCCGUGUUAUGCCUCAGAAAUUACUUGUGCGAGUGAAUGACUCUCCAGAUGUGUCCAUAAUAUCCAGAGCAUUAUCCCAGGCCCCGACAGAACAAAGAACAAGGCAUAGUUCCCACUGGAGACCUUCAGCUGGGCAGUGACGGGUCUCUGUGUGAUUUGUUGCACAGCUGGAGCACAUCUGGGAAUGAAAGGGGCACUGCUAACAAUGACACCGGGACAAGAAGCCUAACUGGUACAGAACCAUCACCCCAAAGAGAUGGGACCCAACUAAGUCCAGUUUGACAUACAGCUCACCCCAAAUAUGUGUGAUGGGGGAUCGGAGGGUGGAGACUCCCCUGAUGUUGGGACACGGGAGCUGGGCCUUGAGGAAAAGGCAGCCAUUUAGGUAAAAUGCCCCUAGGGAAUUCCUGAGGGAGCAAAUGGCAGGACCAAAGGCACUGGGAUAAAAGAUGCCUGAUGUGUUCAGGGCACAGCAUGGACCUUGGAUAUGGCUACUUGGAAGAGGCGACGCUGGAUGGGUAGGGUAAGGCCAUUUUCUGGAUAUUCAAGCCAAGGCAUUAGCCCAUGGAUAGUGGGGAGGGAUAUCAGAUGUGGUUCAAGGGUAGGAGAGAGCUCACAGGGUAGCUGGCCGCAAGGGGAGGGGAGUGUCUGCAACUCCAGCUCUCUAGUAGACAGUUUGACCCUAGGCUGCAGCUCUUCCAGGAAGCCCUUCAUGAUUGCCCUUCCUUGUAACAAUCUCUGCCACCUCUGAAGUACAGCCUAGAACCCAAAUUUUUAAUACUUUUGCCUGGCCGGGCUACCUCCUCUGGGUUUCUCUUUUGUGUUAAACACCUGUUUGUGAUGCUCCCAAAGGAAUCAGAGUGAGCCUCUAAACAUCCUGGGGACCCUAGAAACUGGUGCCCCAAGUCAUUUGCCUGCCCUGCACCUGGUGGUUGGCAGGUGCAUUUAGGCUCCUGCAGGCCAGAUUUGGGCCCUGUCACAGCCUGCAAGUUCUUAGGCGCUGGACGAUGGCGCUUACCAAAAUGGGUACUGACUGGAUCUUUCUGCUGCCUGGCCAGGGCCAUGCUUUUUUCACUCUGUGACUUAUCUCAGCAAGGGGCCGUGGCAGCCAUGGGUCCCAGCCACCCAUCUGGGGCAGGAGUCUCAUCCUCAGAGCUCACUCCUGCUUGCUCACUCUUUCAUGUCCUGAGUCACUCAUUUGUUUACCCACAUAUUUUAGCAACCACUCCAGAAUGGGAACCAGGAAUACAAGAUGACUGUUUUGAUCUCUGCCCUCAGUAACCUCAAGAGCCCAAUGAUGAGGCGGAAAGCAGUGAUACUAACCACUGACGUUUAGUGAGCACCUACUAUGUGCCAGGGGCUUACAUGGACACAGCAGCCAGAGUGGCUCUCUAGACCUGAGUCAGGUCAUGUCCUUCGUUCUAAACCCUCCAAAGACUCCAAUCACGUGGAAGAGGAAAAACUAACCCACUCCUCACAACCUAAAAGAGC